AUGGUUCCUUAUAGCGAAACAAAUUGCGGUGGCGAAUGCGAAUCAGUAUAUAUUUUAGACAGAUGUAAAGAUAAUGUUGUAAAUGAAUUAGAACCUCAAAGAGAAAUGUUUCCAUUAGACUUGAAAGGAUGCCCUUUAAUAACGUAUGCUGUUAUAUCGGAGCCUUACGUGAUGCCUCCGGAAAGGAAAGUUCUAAGUAAAAAAUGGAAUGACGUAUAUGAAUUUGAAAAAGGCAGUGAAAUUAAUCUAGUAAAGAUAAUAUCACAGCGGGCGGCUUUCGAUCGGAAUUUCGCUGUUGUUUCGUCGAGGAGACAAGCAAUGUACAUGGAUCAGAAAUUAGGUAGAGGUGAACCGUUAAUUUACUGUUUCCCGGAGAGUAACAACCUUUACAAAUACGGGGUCGCUUUAUUGGCGAGGGAAUGGUAUCCGAUGUUAGAACGGUUAAAUAAUAUUAUACGGAGUGUUUCCGAGAAUGGAUUGAUAGAGAAGUGGAAUGAAGAGUUGUUUAUUCACACGAUUGGCUCGGAAGGGACUAGCGCGAUCUUACCAUUAGGUAUGAAACAUUUGCUCGGUGCUUUCAUGUUAAUUGGCAUCUUGUAUUUAGUAAGCAUUGUAGUUUUCUUUGGAGAAAUGAUAAUAAGCUUCACUGAAAAACGAAAACAAGUUAAAAAUUUUGUUAUUAAUUUAACGUAA